CGACGGAUGCUUGCGUACCUAGAUCCGCCUGCAGCUUACGGGAUCUCUGGCCAUGCGAAGCCAAGGCGUCGAGGGCGAGUCUCGACGUCACCGGCGCCCUCGAUACCUUCGAACUACAACAGGGCGCCGUACGCAGAACCUCGCCGAGGAGCUCCUGUACACUCGACGAUCGUAUGCACCCCAGUCUAUGUUUACCGAUUGUGACGACGACGGACUUUACGCGCCCCGAUUCGACCCAGUUGAAACGCGGUGACGCCGCCCGGAUGGCCCUCGUGUAUGUACAGCCAGGUCAUAACGGAUUCACCCGCUGCAUUUGGGGACGGCUGUCCGGUUGGCUCAAGACGCCGUCGUUUCGAUACCUCGUGUCCCCUCGUGCACCAACGGCGCUUGUUUGAAGUUUCGUAGUCAUCGCGGAUCACCGUCGACGUUGUAUUGGCUCUACGAUGCGGGGGUAUCGAACCUGGGCUCAUUGCACGGACGGACUCACUGCAAUGAUU